UUACAUAUCCUAAUAUUUUUAUGACCAAGUUGCGUAUUGAGAAAGGUGCAUUUGAAAAUGACUUCCCGUUCAAUGCUCUGACUUCAGAUAACUUUCUGGAAUUCACUCAGAAAACUCCAUUAAAUUGUUUUAACAUUAAAGGGUUUAUAAAACGUUCAUUAUUACAAAAUCAUACUGUCACCAGAAAAUACGUUACAUUGGUUUAA